AUGUGUUCCUUCUCCUCCCUCGUCUCCCUCAUCGUCACCGCUUGUGCCCUUUUGCUGUUAUUGACCGAAGCGGCCUCGCCGGCCAAACACCUCAACAUCACCGUCACGGCAGCUGCGUUCAGAAAUUCCGUCAUACAAUGUUGGCAGCUCUCGACUCCCCUCAUCACCUCUACCCAAUCCGGCACCCGGGGUUCCAUGGUUGCCCAGCUCGGAGAUCUGUCCAAUGCAACGUACAGCAUCAUUCCCGCAGAAACGAACGGUGGCGCUCAUACUGCCCCUUAUCCGCAGUUUGUCGCGUUUGUCAGUGGGGCGGCAAAGAUCACCAUUCCUGGUUCCACCCAAGAAGCCUUUGUCCACGCUGGCAAAAAUGGGCUGCUUUUCGCCGCGGACACUGCGGCGUUGAGUAGGAGUAGAUACGGUAUAAUCUUUACGAAGGAAACGUUUCUGAUGCACGUGCCAACCGCUGGAGGAAUUGUGCCUCCGCACACGGUCCUGUACACAGGCCCGUGUAGGGGGGAUGAAUUUAUGAGAUAA